GGAACUCGAGGCAGAGCCCUUAUCGCCAUCUCUACUCGCCCUGGCAACUCGGGUAGGCCGAGUACGUGAUACAAUCCCCACAAGCAGUGGAGACUGCCUUCCAUCGACCAGCUCCUCGACGCCGUGCUCGUUGCAAAGAUCUGGUCUGUGCUGGGCCGCGGACAACCUGCACAGCUCAAAAUAGCCAACAGACCUGGGAAGGCAGCGUGGACUUGAGGAAAACACUUACUUGUAUAGCGAAGAGCGAGAUCAGGAACCAGGCACAUCGCGUCAGAUUGUUACGCAGCACCACGACGCGCAGCAAACACGUCAUCGUUCCAGCUCCAGCUUCCUCAAAACUUGUCGCAUGCUCACCUCCACAGCUCUUCCAACACCGACUCAUGAAAUUAGCGACACGAUGAGCAACUCCGGCUCAUUCGGCAGCUUCGAGCUGAACAGCAUCGUGCGAGGCGCCCAAUUGACCGUGGUCGGCGCCAACAGAGCUCUCCAGAACCCAAGCUUGUUCACCAGCGAGCUCUACAAACAGGCGGCUUUGGCUGUGGUAGCUGGGCUGGCAAUCAGGCUACUCGUGGCCAUACCAACGAUCGGCAUCCGCGUGCUUCUCCAAUUCCUCGGCCUCUUCAUCGACCUCUCCGAAACGACCUGGGAUGCGGAUAUCAUCGAUGGCAUCUCCUUCAUCGAGAACUCCGUUCUACAGAUCCCGUUCUUCCUCAUGACCUUCAUCCGUCAGCUGAGCCCAGCAAUGGACCACUUGUUCAUGGAGAGUCUGCAAUGGGUUGACCAGACGUACAUUCAAAAGCACAAAACCGAUGACCCAUCGCAGCUAAGAGCUAUGUACUAUCCGAACUUGAGGAUAUAUAACCAACAAGCCCCUUCGGCGCAAAAGAAGGAACCAUACCAGGCACUAAAAGCAUUCUGCUUCAGAUUCGGCAAGAAGGCGGCUGUGUCGUUGGGAGUGUACCUGCUUUCUCUCCUACCUUACGUGGGAAGAUUUGUACUUCCAGCGGCGUCUUUCUAUACUUUCAACAAGGCUGUAGGACUGCCGCCUGCUUUGCUAAUUUUUGGAAGUUCAAUCUUUUUGCCGAAGCGCUACCUGGUCAUGUUCUUGCAGAGCUACUUCUCCAGCAGAACGCUCAUGCGCGAAUUGCUCGACCCAUAUUUCUCACGAGUUCGCUACACGCCUGAGCAGAAGAAGCAGUGGUUCCGCGACCGAGAAGGUGUGCUCUUCGGCUUCGCGUUCGCCUUUGUCUCUUUCCUCAAGAUCCCACUUCUUGGUGUGCUCAUUUAUGGCAUCGCCGAAGCUUCUACAGCAUACCUCGUUACCAAAAUCACCGAGCCACCGCCAGAGCCACAGCGAAUUGAAGAGUUCAAGAAGGAGGACAUCCACUGGAAGAACAAGCAUGAGUUUGUCAGCCUGCCGCUCGACGCAAUCGACAAACUAAACACGACACUGAAAGAGAAGAGACACAGUGCAACAGAAUCGGAGGUAAAGGCAGGACGUCAGUUUUCGUGAGAACGAGUCGCUGUAUGCAUCACGAACUCCAGGACCUUAUAACAAACGAGCAAUCGCGAUGAACUCCUGUCACCAAUCUCUAAGGUUGUGGUGCAAGCUUCGUGAACGCUGGCUAUACACAGCGAAAGUGACUCAGCAAUGACUCCCUCGAAAGCCAAAUUACGCAAAGACACGAAGCAGCACAGCAUAGCCAUGCCUUGGCCCAAAAUGUUCGCUCCAAUCCCAAUGGCGGGUUUACUUCGGCUCUC